CCGGGCUUUGGCUGCGGCCCCGGUGUAGUAGCGGGGGCGGCGGCCGGGGGCAGCGCGGCUCCUUCCCUUGUUGUGUGUGUCGGUGCCUCCUCGCCAUCUUGUUGCAAAGCCCUUUCUUGUCGGCGGGACUCCGGGGGCUGUGGGGCGGGAGGCAUCGGAAGGGAGGAAGAGGAAGAAGGAAGGAAGAAGGCAGUAACGCCUUUUUUUUAUUUUUUGCAUCAAAAUUGUUUUAAUUUGCAAAUUCUUAUUUUGCAAGUAUUUUGGGAGACAUUGAUUUUCCUCCCCGUGCUCCCCCGUUCUUUCCUGAGGAGUGCGCUGCGCCGCCCAGCCCUGUCGCCCCUCGGAGGUGAUCCCUCCCUCCUGCCGGCCCGCCAGCCUGACCUGUGCUUGGCUCACGGGCCGCAACCUCGGCCCCGGCGCGCCCCCGGCUGCUCUCGGCGCGAUGAGCAUAGAGACGCUACUGGAGGCGGCCCGCUUCCUGGAAUGGCAAGCGCAGCAACAACAGAGAGCACGUGAGGAGCAGGAGCGCCUUCGCCUGGAGCGGGAAAGGGAGAGAGAACAGGAGCAGAAGAGGGCAAGUACCUUGGCCAGGUUGGCCCAUGCCCUGCCUGUGGAGGAACCCCGCAUCGAGGCUCCACCGCUACCCUUGUCGCCACCGGCACCACCACCCGCACCACCACCACCUCUUGCCACCCCAACUCCACUGACUGUCAUUCCUAUUCCUGUAGUGACCAACUCCCCACAGUCUCUGCCCCCGCCUCCACCUCUACCCCCAGCAGCCCAGCCUCUACCCCUGGCUCCUCGACAGCCAGCCCUGGUCAGCACCCCUGGACUCAGCAUUAAGGAGCCAAUCCCCCUGCCCACCAGACCACAGGUGCCCACCCCUGCUCCCCUACUGCCUGAUGCGAAGACCACAGUUGCCCCCACUGGCAGCCCCAAGCCUUUGCAGCCCCUCCCUACGCCCAUCCUGACCAUUGCACCACACCCUGGAGUCCAGCCUCAGCUGGCUCCCCAGCAACCACCCCCACCCACGCUUGGGACCCUGAAAUUGGCACCAGCUGAAGAAGCCAAAUCCAGUGAACAAAAGAAGAGGCCUGGGGGGAUCGGAACCAGAGAAGUCCACAACAAAUUGGAGAAAAACAGGAGGGCACAUCUGAAGGAAUGUUUUGAGACCCUGAAGCGCAACAUCCCCAACGUAGAUGACAAGAAGACUUCAAAUCUGAGCGUGCUGCGGACGGCGCUGCGGUACAUCCAGUCCCUGAAGAGAAAGGAGAAAGAGUAUGAGCAUGAAAUGGAGCGGCUGGCACGGGAGAAGAUUGCCACGCAGCAGCGCCUGGCAGAGCUCAAGCAUGAGCUGAGCCAGUGGAUGGACGUCCUGGAGAUUGACCGUGUGCUCCGGCAGACAGGCCAGCCUGAGGACGACCAGGCCUCCACCUCCACAGCCUCUGAGGGCGAGGACAACAUAGACGAGGAAAUGGAGGAAGACCGGGCAGGCCUGGGCCCACCUAAGCUGAACCAUCGUCCCCAGCCGGAGCUGCUGAAAUCUACCCUGCCAGCCCCCAGCACCACCUCUGCGCCUCUGCCCACCCACCCGCAUCCUCAUCCUCACCCAGUGGCCCUGUCUCCUGCCCACCUCCCUGUGCAGCAGCAACCACCACCACAGCAAAAAACCCCUUUGCCGGCCCCUCCUCCCACACCAGCUACCCCGACCCAGACCCUAGUACCAGCUCCAGCACAUCUUGUGGCCACUGCGGGGGGCGGCUCCACAGUUAUCGCCCAUACAGCCACCACCCACGCCUCAGUCAUCCAGACUGUGAACCACGUUCUGCAGGGGCCGGGGGGCAAGCACAUCGCCCACAUUGCCCCCUCCGCCCCCAGCCCUGCUGUGCAGCUGGCACCUGCCACACCCCCCAUUGGCCACAUUACAGUGCACCCUGCCACCCUCAACCAUGUGGCCCACCUUGGCUCCCAGCUGCCCUUGUACCCACAGCCUGUGGCGGUGAGCCAACCUGUGGCAGUGAGCCACAUCGCCCAUACCCUUUCGCACCAGCAAGUGAAUGGCACAGCCGGGCUGGGGCCCCCAGCUACUGUCAUGGCAAAGCCAGCUGUGGGGGCCCAGGUGGUGCACCACCCCCAGCUGGUGGGCCAAACAGUGCUCAACCCUGUGACUAUGGUCACUAUGCCCUCCUUUCCUGUCAGCACACUCAAGCUGGCUUGAGAAUGAGGCCACUUUGGCCCCCAGUGGGGGCAGGGAAGGGGGACCUGACUGUCCCUCUCCCACCCACCAGCUCCACACAUUCCAGC